UUUAGCCGCUGUACUCUGCUUCUUAUGUUGUCCACUAAUUUUUUUGUGUAUUCUCCCACUUUUAUUAAUGGAUAGCUGCUUUGAAACAAUUAAACAAUUGUGAAAAGUACUAUAUAAAUAAAAUUUAAAGUAAAUAGGAGAAAACAAAGAUGCCUUUGUAGAAGCACAGAAAAACCAGUUGCCUUAUAAAAUGACUCAUGCCAGGAGCAAACAAUGAAGCUAUUAAUGUUUUAUGGUUCUUGGCCAGCUUUUAACAAGGAAUGUCCAAACUCAUGAUACUGGUUUACUGGAAUGUAUUACUGUAACAUGACAGUAGCCUAUAUAAGGGCCAGACAAAGCUGACUGUGGACUUGUAUCAGCUCAGCACUACACACUAAAGUAAUUCAACGGAAAGAUGAAGGUUCUGCUGCUGUCAUUUGUUCUUGCACUGCUGUUGGCUGAUGGAUUUGCCUUGAAAUGUAAUAAAUGUGUUCCUGGCACACCCGGUGGAAGUUGUGUGACCACGCAGGAGACUUGUGGUUACAAUAAAGAUACCUGUGUAUAUGCCAGAUUCUUAAUCACUCCUUUUUCCUCUUUCCGGAGGUGCAUUUCUAUGUCCGACUGCUUGAUUCUUCAGGCCAACCCUUAUAUAACAGCCAGAUGCUGUCAGACAGACCUGUGCAAUUAAGUUCACAUUAUAUGAAGAACAAACUCAAAUGGAAAGAUUUUUAUGCCACUGCACUGUCAGUGAAAUUAUUUACAUAAGUAAUAAUAAUGAUUAAUUCAGAUGUUACAACUGACACAUUAAGUACAUUUGUUCGUUUUGGGGAUUAUACAAGAAACGACUCCAGAGAGCCAUUAAUGGAAUUCUUUACAGAAUGAAAAUUAUAAUGCAUUACUUGAUUUGGGUGUGAUUGUGUAACUUUGGGCAGUUUUCUAUUCAAUGAAUCAUUUGAAACACAAUUGCUUUCAUGAAAUGUUUUGUUUCUAUACCCUUUUUUACAUCAUUUUGAAAGAAAAUACUGUAAACUAAUGUAAUCUGCCUGAUUCAGUCAUAAAAAUAUGUUUUAAAGCCA